AUGAUCUUACGCAAUGAAGUUGGGGCUGUGGUUUUUGCGGCCUACCGAGUUAUUUUUAAUUGUAAUGAUGCACUGGAGGCAGAGAUACACACUCUUAUGCAAGGUAUGGCCCUAGCCUGUCAGCAUACGAAGCUCCCGGUAUACGUGCAGUCUGAUUCCUCGGAGGCCCUGUCCAUCUUAUCUAGUGAUUCUCUUACGCGGUCGGCAUAUGGGCACUUGGCAAUGGAAAUCAAGUUUUUGUUGGAAGGUCGGGAGUUUAUGCCCCAAAAGCUUACUAGGUCUCAGAAUAGGAUAGCACAUUGUCUGGCUAAUUACAGCCGUACUGAGUCGUGUACUGCUGUUUGGCUUCAAAGAGGUCCUCCCUGUAUUGAGGGGCUCUUGCCAGUUGAUUGUAAUCCUGUUACCUAA